UACAGACAACAGUAUUUGACCGACACCAAUGCCAUAUAAAGCCGUUAGAAUGUCUUUUCUUCGUGAUAGUGAAUUCCUCCUACUUCAAAAACUUGGAUUUGGAAAAAGUGUACUUUAUGUUAAUAAUUUUCCAUCAUUUUAUAUGUGUUGUUAUAAUAUAUCUAUUAUUUUUUAAAUGUCGAUGGAAAAAUGGCACUUUUCCAAAUCAUAAACGCUCUUAGUGUUGGAAUAAGCUCAGCAAUAUGUUGUACAUUAGUACAAAAUUUGUGUCGACAACAAUCAGAGGAAAAAAUUAUACAAAUCGUUACGCCCAAUAAUAGCGAAGUUAUAAAUGAAUCUUCGGGCAGAACUAAUGAAACUUCGGAAAAUGUUAUAAGAAUUAUAAUCCAAAAUAAUUGUUCACAUUCAAGAUGCAAUUGUGAUAAAAACAUGAAUUCUAUUGUAAAUGAAAAAUCGACAGAGCAAUUGGCAAAAUCGAUCUCCACGGCAUCAAUGGCAAAAACUGUGACGAGUUCCUCGCAGAGGAACAGGUCCAGAGACAUGUGUAAUUGCAGAUGCCGGAAUGUUACUGACGAAACAGAAAUGUGCAAUAUACCACAAUUAAAAAAAAAUGAAAAUUUUUUAACGUCUACAAAAGUACAUUCAAAAUGUACGAAAAAAAAUAAUUUUAGAUUCAAGAAAAUUUUUUACAAAAUGUGCUGUUGUAAAUCAUAAUAAACACAUUUACCUACAAUGAAUAUAUUUCAUAUAUGCAAAUGAUUAUAUAUUCUCAUAUGAAAUUACAUCCAGAUUUCAGCGACACAUUUAGGUAUUGUAUUAAUGUGCACUAUAUUAAAAUUUUUUUACUUUUUUGCUAAUUUUCAUUACAUGCAUUACUUUGAGAAAAAACACUCUCAAAAGUAAAAGAAUUGUAUCGCUCUUUGUGUUAU